GCGGCGACCACGAUACAUAUAAUGCCUGCUCCAACGAUCGACGACCUAAGGGUCAAGCAAUGCUACAUCUGCAGUGACGAGGAAACUUACGAUCACCCUCAAACACCUCCACGUGCAUGGGUACACCCUUGCAACUGCACUCUGAUUGCGCACGAAUCAUGUCUGCUCGAGUGGAUCAAGUCGUCUCAAGGCGAUAAAGAACGCUCGAAGAACGCACUUAAAUGUCCGCAAUGCGGAGCGACCUACGAGAUGGAGAGCGACAACCGACUAUCUCUUCGAAUAUUAAACAUUGUGAAUAAAACCGUCUCGAAUAUAUGCGGGGGAGUUGCGAUUGUGACUGUGCUCAGCACUGUCGGUGGAUGCUUCUAUGUGAUAUGUACGGCGUAUGGAUCUUGGGCUGUUGAGCAAUUCCUUGGCCGGGAGAUGUACGACAUCCUCCUCACAGAUGACCCCUCUAACUGGCCGUGGCACGCCUUCUUGAACCUCCCACUCAUCCCCCUCUCUCUUUUAAUUUCCCGCACACCUCUCUUCGACGCUCUCCAAGUCCCUGCUACACCGUUCUUCCUCGCUUGGCCAACUUCCAGCCCCGUCGUGGAGACGACUCAACAACGAUUCUCCGCCCACUUCUCUGCCUCUCCUUCAUCCCCAUUACCCAUCUCCCCGUCAAUGCCAUCUUUUCCGGGGAGUCUCUUCCGAUAUCCACCAUCCCCACUCCUCAUGCUUAUAUUCAUCCCGGUUAUCCGCAAGUUGUACAAUCGCUCGCUCAAUCGCCUGCGCAACUGGGCCCUCGGUACCAAACCAUCAAUCCAAAGGCCAGUUCGGCGAGUCGUCUGGGACUUCGGUCAGAUGCCCUUACCUCUCCGCAUUCGGGUCGUCGCCAACGUAGCGGGAGCCGAAGACGCACCGAAUAACAACAAUCGACAAGCAAAUGCCAACGACGCCGAGCAGCCCAACGCUAAUCCUAUUCCCAAUGCGGACAACAAUAACGUCAACGCUGACGAGAACGCGGAUCCCAACAAUGCUAACGCCCUGGCAGCCGAGCGCGCCGUCGACCUCACCCACCUAUCGCUCGGUCGCACUUUGAUCGAGACCCUCUCACUACCCUGGAUUGCGAACCGCGCCGGCCGCGCGCUUGCCCGCCUCGCGGUAUAUUUCCCCCUCCUCCGGCGCAUCCUCGCGAUUAGGCAGCCGCGAUGGCACGGAGGCGCGGUUCCUCCGCCGCUCGGCGCUGCGUCAUACCCUGCGUUCUGGGCAGGGAUGAGCGAGGCUCGCCGCGUAUGGACGGCCGUCAAAGUUGGCCUGGGCCUAGUAUGGGGCGGAUCCGCGGCAUGGGCCGAAAGCGAUCCCGUCUGGUGGCGGAACGCGAUUGGUUUGGGACUGUAUAUAGCCGCGAAGGACUGCAUUGACCUAUACCACCUCUGGCUGACGAAGCGCGAACUUGAAACGCGACGGUUAAAGACGCGCCCGUUUGUGGGGAUUGACGUCGGGGAGCUGGAUCUGGUGUCGAGGGAGGAACGCGAGAACCGCCUAAAUUCAGUGCUACUCUAAGCGCAUAGGAUGGAAGAUGGGAGAGGAAGGGAAAACGGUGGAUAUUCGGUACAUCUGAGCUCUUUGUUGCUAUCUGUCUUCGCACAUCCAGCAUUUGCAUUUCGUCAGUACAAUACGGGUCACCCGGCGCAAUUCUAAUACAUCAC